AUGAACUGUGCUAUCUCAGUCCAGCACCAACCCAUCAACAGUGUAGCUGACCUAAUGCGCCUCUACCCUGACAGAUUUGACCGUAUUGGUGAAUUUCGGAGGACUCACAAGCUUGCUGUUAACCCCAAUGUGUCAUGCCACAUAAACCCACCAGGAAGGACACCUAUAGCCAUGCGCGAAAAACUCAAAGCUGAGCUCGACAACAUGGAAUCACAAGGAGUCAUUCACCGUAUUGAAGAACCUACAAACUGGGUAAGCUCUCUUACAUAUGUCACCAAACAUGACAACAAUAUAAGAGUCUGCCUAGACCCACGAGCACUAAACAAAGCUCUCAUACAGCCAUACCACCAAAUUCUGACUGUCGAAAAGCUCAACCAUCGAUUUGCAGGAGCAAAAUUCUUCUCAAAAUUGGAUGCUAAGUCUGGAUACUGGUCCAUAAAGCUCAAUUGUGAAAGCCAGCCACUAACAACUUUCCAAACGCCAUUUGGGAGGUACUGUUUUGAACGACUUCCAUUUGGUCUGAGUGUAAGUCAGGAUAUUUACCAACUUGAGAUGGACAGGAUACUCAAGAAGUGCACUGGAGCCUGUGGUAUAGCUGACGAUAUCACCAUAUAUGGGUCAGCAGAACAUGAACACGACGAAAACUUAAAGCGCUUUAUGGAGGUCACUACUCAAGAGGGCCUUACCCUGAACUUGAAGAAAUGCAAGAUUAAACGCCGGGAAAUCUCCUUCUUUGGAAACCUGUAUACACAUACAGGAUUGAAACUUGACCCAACAAAAGUACGUGACCUACAGGAGAUGUCAGAACUAUGUAACAAAACAGAAUUGCAACAGUUCUUAGGUGUGAUUACAUACCUAUCUUGCUUCAUCAAGGACUUCAGCUCCAAAACUACUGUGUUGCAUGACCUGUUACACAAGGACUCUGAUUUUCAAUGGGAACCACAUCACCAGAAAGUUUUCAGAGAUCUAAAGAGUGAAGUAUCUGAAACGUCUCUGCUCCACUAUUUUGACCCCAAACUCCCAAUUUACAUGCACUGUGAUGCGAGUAUACGGGGAAUAGGUGCAUCUAUGCUACAACCGGAUGCAGAUGGCAAUCUAUCGCCUGUCACAUAUGCUAGCAAGAGCUUAACACAAACAGAACAAAGAUAUGCAUGUAUCGAGCUACUAGCCAUCGUAUUUGGCACACAGAGAUUCCACACAUAUCUGAAUGGCCACAAUUUCCAAGUCGUCACCGACCAUAAACCCCUUACAAUGAUUAUCAACAAACCGCUCAUACAACCGCUUAUACAACUCCAGGGAUACAACUUCAGGCUCACUUACAACAAGGGAUCUGACAACAUCUUGGCUGAUGGACUAUUACGCCUACCAUCAUCCGGUAAUUCGGACCCUAUCGAGCUUGAUGUCCGGGUUGAUACUGUCCGUUUCUCCACUGAUCGCAUUGAACAACUGAGAAACUGUACAACACCGGAUCCUUUGCUUAACCAGCUGCGAGAGACCAUCAUCACUGGAUGGCCAGAGACAAUCAAGCAGCUGCCCACUGACAUCAGAGUGUUCUGGGGUCUAAGAGACCAGCUCUCAAUUGAUGAUGAUCUUAUCCUCAAAGGACAACAAAUUGCCAUUCCCCAGACACUUCAAGAAGACAUCCUAAAACAGCUUCAUACCGCUCGCUUAGGACAAGAAUAA